AUGGUACAGCCAAGUGCUACUACUUCAUCCAACUCGUCAAUACCUGCUGUAGCUAAACCAAAAAGACAGAGAAAUAGAACUCCAAAAAGUUGUCUACAAUGUUCCAAAAGAAAAAUAUAUUGUUCAAAAGAAAGACCAGCUUGUAGUAAUUGUAUCAAGUAUGCAGUUGGUCAUUUAUGUUCAUAUACUUUACCACCUUGGGCCGAAACAAGCAAUCAAGAUAAGGAUAAACUACCAAGUAAGCAACAAUGUAAUAUGAACCAAGGACAAGCAACCACACCUGUGAAAAUACAACAAACCACUGAAUACAAACAAUUGAAACAGGAGAAUGACAAGUUAAUACAAUCACAAAGAAAAGAAAUUGAUGACUUGAAGAGACAACUAUCAGUUUUGCAACAAUUAUCCCCCAGAGAAACCAUGAAUAACAAACAACAAGUCUCAUCAUCGUUAGGAUGUAUUGCGAUUACAAUAUUAAAUAAAAUUAGUCCGUUAGCGAUUACUUACUCAAACAGUAGAAUAAAUAUGUCAAAUGACUACACACUAAAUGUCAUAACUAACUCAAACAUCUCAAAUAAAUCUACAUAUAUUGAUACAUAUUCAUGGAUUAAUUUAAUAAAGCUUGAUCCUCAAUUAACUACUUUAUGGUAUAAAAUUACAAAUUUACAAAAAAUGUAUCAUGUAUAUAAAAUGAAUAUUUUGAAAGAUAAGAAUACAAAUCAUAAAAGUGUUAGUGCUGGUAAAUAUCAACCACAAUUAGAAGAUGAAAGACCUAAAAAGAAGGCUAAAAAAUCAAAUUUCAAAAUUAACGAAAUUGAUUUUACAUAUUCUUUACAACCAUCAGCAAUUAUUAAAGAUUCGUCAAUUACAAGUGAGGAACAUAAGUGUCCGGUAAUUGAAUGUGAUUUUAAUUUCAUGACAGAAGAUCAAAAUCAAACUACACCAAGUCCAUUUAGACAGUCACCACUACCUACAACACCAGCCAAUAAAACAGGUGAAAUUAAAAUUGAAGAAGACAGUUUAAAACUACAAUCAAGUUUUGCAAGUAAACUAACUCAAAAAGUAGCAUCUUUGUGGGAUUCACUUAUAAACUUACCGAGAGGAGAAGCAAAAUUAAAUAUUCAACAAAUUCAUUUUUUAUUAGAUUACUACUACAACAGUAACAUAGAAAGUAGAGAAAUCUUAUCAUUUUAUAGGUUUGAUAUACAAGCAGUUUUUAAAAAGACAUUUAAUGAUGAAGUUGAACUAAAUUUACCACAACAAAAUUCAGAUGUUGAUUAUUUGGUAAAAUUGAAAUCCCUUGGGAUAUUUCAUUGUAUGUUGACUAUAAUAAUUGAAGAAACAUUAUCAGAAGUUAGAGAAAUUGUGAAACAAGGUAUAAACAAAGACUUAUGUUUACAAUUUGAAGAAAUUUUUCCAAAUGAAAUGACUUUAUUGGGAUUAGGUGUCAAACAAAAUAAUUUACUUUAUAUAGUUCAAGAGAUGUUAAUUAAUUUUGAAAGUAAUUGCAGAGAUAAUUUUGAUAAGUCACUUUCAUGUUGUGCGUUAACUGUUUGUUUGUUAAAUAGAGAAAUUGAUGACUAUAAAAAACCAGGAUCAAGUAUCUCAGAUACAAAGAUUUCAUUUACUUCAAUUUUUACCAACUUUUUACAUAUUUUAUUAGAUUCACCUUUAGAAAUUUGGAAAGAUCCAGAAUUAGUCGAGUUAAAAUCUCAAUAUAAGAAAAGACAAAAAGAUUUGAAAUUACAUUUUUGUUACCUUUGGACAAAUAUUGUUAGAUUAACUAAUUUAGUUAUGUUGAAUUUUGUACCAUUUGUUAAACAUUCAGAAUAUUUAGAUGGUUUAUUGCGUAGAAUUUACACAAAAAUUGAGCAGGUAGAUCUGUUGCAAUGCCACUUAAAAUACUUAACAAAAGUUGAAGAAAAUGAUUUGAUCAUAAUGUUACACGUUCAUUAUUUGAUUGGUGAUAUUUCAUGUUCGUUACAUCAAGGUAUACUAAAUUUAGGAUCAAAUAAAUUAACAAUUUACAACUUACAACAAUUGAUAAAACAAUGUCAAACUUGGAUAAAUGAUUCUGGAGUUCAAAGAUUAAUAGAAAUUAGAAAAUUUGAAAUUUUAAUCAUACUCGAUUACUUGUCAUAUUUUAUGACAUACAUCAUGAUGCUUCAGAGUGAAGAAUUAAUGGAUAGAGAUUUGAUAAGUAGUAUCAUACCUGAUAUUUUCACAAAAUUAUUGCACUUGGUUCAACAACUAAAAGUAAAUCCAAAGAGACAUACUCAAUAUGUAUACUCUGUGGUAACAGAAUUAUUAACAAGACUGAUACAAUUUAUUGUUGGAUUAAUUUCAAGAGUCAGAGAAGAUAAUAAGCAACAAGAACCUUCUUUAUUGAAACAGAAUUGUGAAAAAGUCAUGUUGAAUAAUAAUAUGGUAACACCGGCGGAAUAUAUGAAUCAUGUAACUAAUGAAAUUAAUGGCAUUGUCUCAUUUCUAAAUAACGUUUUAAUGAAUAAAGAAAGGUUGUUCAAAUUAACAAAGUUAUGGAAAUUUUAUAUCACAUUAACAAAAGAUUUAAAUUAUGCAAAUAUUCAUGCAAGUUUACCAGAAUUCAAAAACAAUACUACUGCUGUUUGUCCAGUUUUGUCUUCUGAUUCAAUGUCACCAAAUGCUUCAUUCAGACAAGAUUCUUUAACAUCCAACACUCCAAAUUCUUCUACAAUGUCAUGCCCUGUAAUUCAUAAUAGUUCAUCAUCAUCAACGACAACUUUCUCACAAAAUAGUCCAACUAGUUUUAAUUCCUUGACCUCAAAAAUAUCAAGAUGCCCCAUAUCUCACAUCACAACACCAAUGAAUAAUGAUGAAGAAGUCAAAAUCUCAAAUUUUCCGGCCCUAGCAUUACAACCAUUCAAUCACAAAAUGCUUUCAAAUUCACAGCAACAACAACCAAAUAAAAAAGCUAAAAAAUGUCCAUUUGAUCAUGUAUCAAUGAUGAAACCUAAUUUAUACCCAAAUCAAAUUGAAUCAAGUGUUAGAGGUAAUAACCCAGUUCAAGAUAAUUUCAAAACUUAUUCACCAAGUCCAUUAAGUAGUUCAUAUAUAAGUACCCCGCCGAUAGUGGCUCAACAACCUCCACCACAACAACCACCACCACAAUUUCAACAGCAAUUUGCUCCAACCAAUAGCAGUCCUGCAGUCAAACAAAACCUAAGCGAAUUCGUGAUGACUGAUUCACAGUCAAUACAAUUAAAUCAAAUGAAUCAGCAACAACAACAUCCAAUACCAAUAAACGAUAUAAGCAGUGAUUCGUUGUUAAAUCAAAACUCAAAUCAACCAUUAGAUAAUAACUUAGAUAUGUUAAAUCAAUUUAAUGACUUCGAUUUUGAUUUCUUGAAUCAAGAAAAUCUUAUUGAACAUUUUAAUUUUAUUAAUAAUUCUUCAAGUAAUGAUUUAGGAUUUGGUGCUUUUAGUGAUUCUAAUAACUUGACAAAUGGUAAAAAUUUUAAUAAUGGUGGUGUUAAUAAUAUUGAAGGAUUUUUUCAAUAG